UUGUGUACAAAGUCCACAGAUUAGAUAAGUAAUUGCCAUCUUGUAUUCAAGUUCAUUCUCAGAAUAUAUAUAUAUUGGUAGAAACAAUUGGAAUUUCAGAACAACAUUUAUUACUGCAAGUGCCAAGUGUUGCAAAUAUUUUCUCACUGAACUUUUUUUUGGAAUAAAUUAAAAAAUGUUAAAGGGCAUUACAGCUUUCGUGACUGGUGGUGCUUCUGGAUUGGGUCGCGGUACUGUAGAAAGAUUUGUUAAGCAAGGUGCAAAAGUAGUUAUUGCUGAUUUACAGAUAUCCAAAGGAAAAGCUCUAGCCGAUGAGCUGGGAGAGGCCAAUGCAAUAUUUGCAUCUGUAGAUGUAACUUCAGAAGCUGAUGUACAAGCUGCUCUUGAUUUAACAAAACAAAAAUUUGGCAAGCUCGAUGUCCUUGUUAAUGCUGCAGGCAUUGCUAUAGCAAACAAAACAUAUAACAGCAACAAAAAGCUUCCUCACAAACUGGAAGACUUUGCUAAAAUACUUCAAGUUAAUACUGUGGGCACUUUCAAUACUAUUCGUUUAUCUGCAGGACUGAUGAUUGAAAAUACUCCUAAUCAUGACGGUCAAAGAGGCGUAAUUAUUAACACUGCUAGUGUGGCAGCUUUUGAUGGUCAAAUUGGUCAGGCUGCUUACUCUGCUUCGAAAGCAGCAGUCGUGGGAAUGACUUUACCGAUUGCUCGUGAUCUUUCUAAAGACGGAAUUCGUAUCGUAACAAUUGCUCCAGGACUUUUUAAUACUCCAUUAUUAAUGGAGUUACCCGAUAAAGUACGUACUUUUUUGCAGAAGAGUAUUCCAUUUCCUCAGAGGCUGGGAAAUCCCGAUGAGUAUGCCAUGUUGGUGCAGCAGAUCGUAGAAAACCCGCUAUUAAAUGGAGAGACAAUCAGAUUAGACGGUGCUUUAAGAAUGCAAGCUUAAGGAGUUAUCAGUGCCGUGAUGAAAAACAGGUUUAAAGGCAAAUUUUGCAUAAAAUACACAAAACUUUUAUAUUUUGAAUUAUAAAUAAAUAAAUAAACGAGUAAAUAUAUAA